AUGGGCAUAACAGGAUUAUUACCUUUCAUUAAAAAUUCCUGUAGGUCUACAAAUAUUCGGGAGUAUUCAGGUACAUCUGUUGCUAUUGAUGCUUACAGUUGGCUACAUAAAGGGGCAUUUUCUUGUGCAGAUAAAUUAGCCAAAGGAGAGAAAACUGACGGCUAUGUGUUUUACUGUUUGAAACUGCUCAAUAUGCUUUUGGAGGCUGGUGUCAAGCCGAUUAUGGUGUUUGAUGGAUGCAAUCUCUGUUCAAAAGAAGGAACUGAAAAAAAACGCAGAGAAAAUCGAGAAAAGGCUAAGCAAAGGGGUAAAGAAUUACUUUGUGAAGGAAGAGUCAAAGAAGCAAGAGAGUAUUUUCAACGAUGUGUUGAUGUUACACCUGAAAUGGCUCGAGAAGUGAUAGAGAUGUGUCGCAAGAAAUCAAUUGAAUGUAUUGUGGCUCCGUAUGAAGCUGAUGCUCAACUUGCUUAUUUAAAUAAAACUGGAGUGGCUGAAAUUGUGAUCACUGAAGAUUCAGAUUUAGUGCUCUUUGGCUGUAAUAAAAUUCUUUUUAAAAUGGACAGCUGUGGAGGUGGCGUUUUGUAUGAAAAAGAAAAUCUUCCAAAGUCUUUUGGAGCCAAUGCUUCAAAGUUCAGCUUUGAAAAAUUUCGAUAUAUGUGCAUUUUGUCAGGUUGUGACUAUUUGCCAUCACUGCCUGGAAUAGGACUUGCAAAAGCUUGUAAAUUUUUCAUGCUUACGAGCAAUACAGAUUUAUCUAUUGUGCUCUCCAAACUUCCAAGUUAUUUGAAAAUGCCAAAGCUUGUUGUAACUGAAGAAUAUAAGGAAUCGUUUAUGAAAGCAAAUAAUACAUUUCUCUACCAGUUAGUUUUUUGCCCUAAAAAGAAGACUUUAGUUCCUUUAAAUGCAUAUCCAGAAGGCUGCAAUGUAGACGAAAUGGAAUAUGCUGGAAAGUUUUUUGUAAAAAAUGAAGGCUUGAAAUCUGCUGCAGCCAGUGCUACAAAUGUUACACCAUUAGAAACUGGAGAACAGGGCAAUAAAAAUAAUGACUCGAAAAGUUGCGACUCAGACUUUGAACAAGUGGUGCAAGAAGAUUCAGAAAGUGAAGCAUUUUGCAGUUUUGACUUAUCUUCUCCAAAGAAGUGCAAUAAGGAAAACAUUAACAGGUAUACAUAA